GAGAAUCCACAGGCACGAAGAGACAAACAUCGCCCUCACGACUUGUUUAACGACACAAGACUCGUUACUUUACACUCUUUGUUAUCUUUUCGUGCCCAAAGUCUUUUCCAUGGACGACGAAGAAGUUGCGAUGAAGGCUGCAGAAAGACGAGAACGCCAAUCGAGUAACAAAGGUCCGAGCAGCACUUUACAUGAUGCGGAAGCCUUGGACGAUGGAGACUCUGAUAUUGGCUUCUGUGGCUGGCUGCUGGUGGGAUUGUCUCUUCUCCUCAUGGUGGUCACACUGCCAAUCUCCAUUUGGAUGUGCAUUAAGAUCGUGAAGGAGUAUGAGCGAGCCAUUAUUUUCCGUCUGGGACGCCUUUUGCGAGGAGGAGCCAAGGGACCAGGUUUGUUCUUCAUCUUGCCGUGCACCGACAGCUUCAUUAACGUGGACAUGCGCACCAUCACCUUCGACAUCCCACCGCAAGAGGUUUUGACCAAGGAUUCGGUGACCGUGAGCGUGGAUGGCGUGGUGUAUUACCGGGUCCAGAAUGCCACUCUGGCCGUGGCCAACAUCACCAACGCAGAUGCCGCCACUCGCCUGUUGGCCCAGACCACGUUGAGGAAUGUCCUCGGCACCAAGAACCUGGCGGAGAUCCUGUCCGACCGUGAAGAAAUUGCACACAGCAUGCAGUCCACUCUCGACGACGCCACUGACGACUGGGGCAUCAAGGUGGAGCGGGUGGAGAUCAAGGACGUCAAACUGCCCCUGCAGCUCCAGAGGGCCAUGGCGGCCGAGGCCGAGGCCACACGGGAGGCCAGGGCCAAGGUCAUCGCCGCGGAGGGCGAGAUGAACGCCUCCAGAGCGCUGAAGGAGGCGUCGCUGGUGAUCGCCGAGUCUCCGUCCGCCUUGCAGCUGCGCUACCUGCAGACCCUCAACACCAUCGCCGCCGAGAAGAACUCCACCAUCAUCUUCCCGUUGCCCCUGGAGAUGAUGCAGGCUUUCAUGAAGCACUGAGCAUCACAAUAAGCGUCCGAAGGGACAGGAGGAGGGGAGAGAGGAUACGGAGGUGACUGAAAAGUCACGUCCUGCUGGAGAAAAAACUUUGAUGAAAUCUAUGCACAUUAAAACCUGGUUUAAAAACUGCUCGCUUGGCUCCUGUGCCGUGUCCAGAGGUGGGUAGUAACGCGCUACAUUUACUCCGUUACAUCUACUUGAGUAACUUUUUUGAUCAAUUGUACUUCUAAGAGUAGUUUUAAUGCAACAUACUUUUACUUGAGUAUAUUUAUAGAGAAGAAACGCUACUUUUACUCCGCUACUUUUAUCUACAUUCAGCUCGCUACUCGCUACUAAUUUUUAUCGAUCUGUUAAUGCACGCUUUGUUUGUUUUGGUCUGUCAGACAGACCUUCAUAGUGCCUGCGUUUUACCAAAAACAGUCACUGGUGACGUUCACUCCGUUCCACCAAUCAGAUGCAGUCACUGGUGACGUUGGACCAAUCAAACAGAGCCAGGCGGUCACAUGACCUGACUUAAACAAGUUGAAAAACUUAUUGGGG